CCUCCACGUGUGCUGAAGGGACCCUUCACAGGCACUGUGUUGGCAGCCCAGAGCGUAGGCUUACCAUGAAUCUACUUCCCAAGAACACCAAGGAGUUCGCAUCAACCGAGUAUUGGGAACAGUUCUUCAGGAAACGGGGGGAGCGAUCCUUCGAGUGGUAUGGCGGCUACCUAGAGCUGUGCGGAGUACUACACAAGUACAUCAAACCUAAGGACAAGGUUUUAGUGGUGGGCUGUGGUAACUCCGAGUUGAGCGAGCGACUCUAUGAUGCUGGAUGUCAAAACUUGAGUAAUAUCGAUGUGAGUGAGGUUGUCAUCCGUCAGAUGAGCGAGCGUAACGCCAGCAGACGUCCUAUUAUGACGUUCCAACUCAUGGAUGUCACGCAAACUACAUUCAGUGACUCCCACUUUCAAGCAGUCCUGGACAAGGGUACUCUGGAUGCUAUCCUGACUGACACAGAAGCGAGAACUCUGGAAACGGUCCACAAGAUGUUUUCUGAAAUUGGUAGAGUGCUGCAGUGUGGAGGACGUUACGUGUGUGUCUCUCUGGCUCAAGCCCAUGUGCUGGAGACAUUGGUAAGACAAUUUUCCCAAGGAGGAUGGAUGGUUAGAGUUCAUCAGAUUUCAGAGGGCAGCAACAAAGAAUCUGGCAGCAAAUUCCCCAUGCCAGUCUUUGUCUUUGUGAUGACAAAAGUUAGGCAGGUGCCUGGCUUCCCUCAAGUUUUGGAAAUGAUGUCCGAUGAGGAAGGAGUAAAGCCUGUGAGAUGUAAAAGCCCGGAAGAGCUAAUGGAAGCAGUGAAGGAACGGCAACGUUAUGCUCUGUUGAAAACGAGACUGAACCAGAACCAAAGCUCUCAGGAGGUGUCGCUGGACUUGUGCGAUGGAGACACUGACAAGAGUCGUUACACUUUCUACGUUGUAGACAGUCCAACAAUUAGAUUAGCCCACAGUAAUCAUUUUGCCAUAUUUAUCAUCCCUCACGGCAGAGAAACAGAGUGGCUUUUUGGAUCGGAGAAAGGGCGGAAGCAGCUUGCAGGAAGUGUUGGAUUUCGUCGACUGAUAAUUGUUGCCUUGCACAGGGACCAGCAGUAUGAUGGCAUGGAAGCUAUUCAAGCUGAGCUAUCCGCUAAAGUCCUCGAACUAGCUCCUCCAGGAUUGCCAGAUAACCAACAGGUCCCCUUUUUAUCAGCUGGUGCUGACAUUGGAAUCCGUACAGUACAGUAUCGGGGCAAGAGCCAACUAAGUGGCGAGUAUGUGGUGGAGGAUGUUAAAGGAGAUGGAACAAGCUAUUUCCGGCGUCUUAUAUUUCUCAGCAAUCAGAAUGUAGUGCAGUCUGAGGCCCGGCUACUUCCAACCAGUGGUCAGAAGAAGAAGAAAAAAGACAAGAAGAAAAUGACACAGCAAAAUCCAUCUGAAGGAUCAACGCCACUCACGCAGCGUGUGAUCGACAAAAGCUACCUGUGCUGUGAGCAUCACAAGGCAAUGAUCUCUGGGCUGUCCCUGCUGGCUAACAAAGGGCUACUGCCAGAAAAUCCCAUAUCUGUUCUGGUGAUCGGGCUGGGUGGGGGCAGCUUGUCCCUCUUUAUACAUGACUAUUUCCUGGGUUCCCGAGUUGAGGCUGUUGAAAUUGACCUGUCUGUGCUGGAUGUGGCCUGUCAGUGGUUUGGUUUUUCUCAAGAUGAACGGAUGGCCGUGCACAUCGAGGAUGGCUUAGUGCAUAUCAAUAACCUGGCAGAGAAAGGUGUGCCUGGUUAUGAUGUGGUGAUGUUUGAUGUUGACAGCAAAGACUCGAGUGUUGGAAUGAGCUGCCCACCACCUGCCUUUGUAGAAAGGGGUUUCCUGCAGAACGUACGCAAGAUCCUAAAGGACGAUGGCAUCUUCAUUUUGAACUUAGUAUGUCGUGACCCAGUGCUGAGAAACCAGGUGGUGAAAGUUCUCCAUGAAGAUUUUCCUCUAAUUUAUGCUCAAAAAAUUGAGGAGGAAGUGAAUGAAAUUCUGUUUUGUCGUCCAAUUUUGGAGAAAAAACUGAGCGCCUCAGAACUAAUAGAAUCUGCAAAAAAUAUGGAGAAACAUUUACGGAAACCCGGAGUUCUUUGGGACCCUAGUUAUAAUCUGGCCGAUAUGUUGAAGUCUGUAAAGAUAGUUUGAGAUGGAGUAUAUUGGCUACAUAUCUCAUAGCUAUAUUUGAAAUGAAAUUCAUUCUACAGAACCAUCUUGUAUUCUUUUUGGUACAUCAUGCAAAGACUGGCAUUGGAACAGCACAUUUGUUUACAGAUCCAGAAAGGGGAGAAAUUACGGAUGUGUUGCGCAAUAAACUACUGCAUCACAUGUGCUGUAUAUGAGGCACGGACUGCCUUAAUAUUGUAUAUAAUCAACUGGUCAAUAAUGGUUUCCGCAAAGAAAACAAAAACACAUUGUCUUGCUUUUAUUAAAAAUGCUAAAAAGUUACAA